AUGACUCUAUCGUCGGACCUCGCUAUUCAAUACAAAUUGGUAAAACCCGCCAGCAAGCUCUUCUCGACCAUUUGUGACGCAUACAAAAAGAACACGCGGGCCAGGAGACUACAACUUCAAGAUGCAUUUUGGAUGGCUCGUCACGACCCGAACCAGCCUAUCGCUAAAUGGAUCGCUCGGAUACGCAUGGCAGCUUCGGACCUAGCUAGCGUCAAGUUGACCCCAUCCGAUCAACAAAUCUGCGACAGACUUGUUCGUGGUCUCGACAAUUCGUGGAAAACAAUUAGGGAUCAUCUUGUUUAUUCCCCCAAUGAAGUUUUGCUUGACGACGCAGUUGGAGCAAUCAAAGCUCACGAGAUCUCAACCACCACUUCGCUGGACCACUCCGAUCACCUAAAAGCUGCUUCUGCCGUCACCAAGGCUAAAGGACGACCGCAAUGCUACACAUGCGGUGAAAAGGGACACCACUCAGCCGACUGUCCAAACAAGAAGAAACACAUGAAGGCCUCUGCAAGAUCGGUUGAAGCUCGUGCAGGCGCAACCACGGUGGCUCAGUUAGGCAACUACAAAUCCAAUGAAGAAGACGAUGACAGUUUUGACGAAGAAAUUGACGUCUGGGGAUAA